ACAAUUAGGCUUGGAGAACAGCUGUUAAAAUGCAUCUCGUCUGUCAGCCAUUCAGUCAAUAAAUAUUUGUGGUAAAGGGGACUAAUAUGAGAUUGGGCCAAAAAGCAUCCUUGUACAGCAUGGACCCCAGUUUGAUAAAAUUGACUCUAAGGAGCUUCCUCCCACUUGCUUGAGGUAGGUUUGCUCACUGACGAAGAAAGAAAAAGCCAAUUUUGUCUAAGCCUAGAUCUCUCUCCUGAUAAAAGACUUUUGACUAAGGUGACUGGCUCAUCACAGGAAGCACGCCAUGCCUUCUUCAAAGACAUCCAGUCAUAUUUAGCACCCAACUUUCUGAGCAACUUUAGCACAGACUAGGAAACCUGAAGCAAGCCUCGUCCUUGGAGCCACAGUCAGAAGGACAAGGUAGGUGCCAAUUGGGUCUACCUCAGAGAUAAUGGAAACCACUUUGGACUAUAGCAGCUACUACAACUUUGACCUCCCCAGUCCUUGCAGCAAAGGGGGAGUGAGGGACUUUGGAAAACUCUUCCUGCCACCAUUAUAUUCUCUGGUGUUCCUGUUUGGUCUGCUGGGCAACCUCAUGGUGGUUCUGGUCCUCCUCAAAUACAAGCGGCUUAAAUCCAUGACUGAUGUGUACCUGUUCAACCUCGCCAUCUCUGACCUGCUCUUUGUUUUUUCCCUCCCUUUCUGGGUCUACUAUGUCGCUGACCAAUGGGUUUUUGGAACAGCCUUUUGCAAAAUCAUUUCCUACGUAUAUCUGGUUGGGUUUUAUAGCGGUAUAUUCUUCAUCAUGCUCAUGAGUGUAGACAGGUACCUGGCUAUAGUGCAUGCUAUUUUUGCCUUGAGAGCCAGGACUCUGACUUAUGGGGUUAUUACAAGUCUAGUUAUAUGGUCGGUAGCCAUAUUUGCCUCACUUCCAGUCUUGCUAUUCAGCACAUCUUACACGGAGAAUAACAAUACCUACUGCAAAGAGAAGUACCCUGGGAAUUCAACCACAUGGAAGGUUCUGAGCUCUCUAGAAAUCAACAUCUUGGGGCUUUUGAUUCCUCUUGGAAUCAUGCUCUUCUGUUAUACCAAGAUCAUCAAGACUCUGCACCGCUGCAAAAAUGACAAAAAGAAUAAGGCAGUAAAAAUGAUCUUUGCAGUCAUGAUUGUGUUCCUAGUGUUCUGGAUCCCAUACAAUAUUGUGCUCUUCUUAGAGAGUCUGGUAGAAUUGGAAAUUUUCCAGGACUGCACCUUUAGCAUGGAGCUCGACUAUGCACUCCAGGUCACUGAAGCUCUGGCUUUUGUUCAUUGCUGCCUCAAUCCAAUCAUCUACUUCUUCCUAGGGGAAAAAUUCCGAAAAUACAUCAAGCAACUCUUCAAAACCUGCAGGAGGCCUUUAAGGUUCUGCAAAUACUGUAGUUUUUCUCAAGUUUAUGCUUCAGAAACACCCAGUUCUUCUCACACUCAGUCUACUAUGGAUCACGAAAUCCACGAUGCUUUGUAAAGGACAGCAGACAAUCUUCCUUCAAGAGAGAGAGGAACUGAGACAUCCCUUAAUGUUCCUAUUCAGAUUUCAAUCAAUAAAUGGACAGUCAGAACAUCAAUCUGUCCCUCACCAUGAAAUGGGCUUUUCUUCUUAAAAUGUGUUUAGUUCCUCAGGCCGAGUCAUUGUUCAACUGGGUUAAGAAACCUCAGCUUGUUUGCUCUCCCAUAAUUAGAAUAGCAUCCUGGGUGAUGAUUUGAAGAAGCCUAUCUGUGAAGAAUAUCAACAGGGUGAUAGAUAACAAAGAUGGGGAUGCUAUUAAAAUGUGGCCAGAGAUGACUAACUAGACAGCCAAAGGUUAUCAAGAUGGCAAAAAAAGAAAAAAACUACCCAGAAUAUUUGAGAUUGUUCAGGCUGCGACUCUUCAUUUAUAUCCCUGGUAUGUAAGAAGUCAAUGGAGAGUAGAGUUUUUCUGAUUGUUCUCUACCUACUACAGUUCAUUUUGUUUUCUUUCCUUUUUCUUUUCUUUUUUUUUUGGGGGGGGGCUGUUUUGUCAUCAUGUAAACUUGUUUAAAUCUUUUGGACAUAAUGCAUUUUAUAGACUGGUAGUCUCAAACUCAGAUUUUGUGCUGAUAACUCUUCUCUUUUUCUUGCACUACUUCUGUUUUUUUCCCCACAAAGAUUCAUUUAAUCCAAUUACCUCUAAAAAAGGUUUCUCUGGUCUAUCUGGGGAAUAUAGCAAGAAGCUCCAUGCCUAAGAUUUUGACAUCCCUGAUGUAAAUCAAGCAUGUUCCAUAUGUAUAUAACACCACUGGUUUGAAUUACCAGAUAAACUCAAUUAGCAAAUUAAUUAAGACUAUUUAUAACUUUACUAAAAUGACAUAAUAUCUUAUUAAGACCUCAUGUGUUGAUAAUAUUACCAAUAUAAAAUAUAAGUCACAUAAAAUCAAUAUUUACACAUUGAGAUUCAAACAUAUUUUCAUUUACCUUUGGUUGCUAAUGGUUUUAAUCAAAGUAUAUCUAACUUUAAGAAGAUUAAAUAGAAACAGAAAUAGGACCUUAAAUCUAUUAAGUGUUAAUAGUGUACCUUUAAGUGUUCUUAACCUAUUCAUAAACAAGGACUUCCUAACCCAUUAUUAACUGUAAUCUAAAUGAAAAAAGAUAACCAUUUUUUUUUUUUCGGCUAAAGAGGAAUGGCAAUACUUAUCUAAUCUGUCCAAAAUUCAUACUGUCAGUUGGUAUUAUGAUCACUCUCCUAAAAGCAUUGUAUCCUUAGAGAAGUGUUACUAUGUCAGGUCAUAUUGGGAAUAAAACCCUUCAUCAAAGAAUAUAUGUAUCACUUACACUUCUAAUACUUUUGCUUCAAAUUUUCUCCUCUUGAUUUACACAGAAAAUCAAUUAAUCGAGUCUAAUAUAUGGUAUUUUAAUUAUAUAGUCAAUUUACUUAGUUCCAGAGAAAUUAUAACUAUUACUCAUCAGUAAACCAAAUGAAUAAAACUAGACAGUCACGCCAUCCAAGUCUUGGGCUAUGUAAAUGCUACUAACAUAAUCAUUGUACUGAGGAAAUAUUCAUUUGAGGAAAUUACUUAAUGUUUUCAUACUGAUUCUUUGUAAUAAGUGUUAUACAUUGGAUUGUAAGACUACUUUUUGAGCUAUCUUCUGCAAUGCAAGGUUACGUUGUAUACAAAAUAUAAAAUAAACUUGUAUAUAUUUCAUGUAAACUUUUUUUUUAUCAGUACUGUAA